AUGGCCCAAUGUGAGCUAUUUUGGAAGACAGGCAAGCAUGAGCACCCAUUGUGGAUGGCUCUUUAUCUGUCAGUCCUGAGCACAGCGGUAUGGUGCUCCCAAAAUAGCAAUAGAUUCCAGGGUCUGUUGGGCAUGCGACUACCUCAAAACCUGGCUGCCGAUCUAUGGGCAGCUAUGAUGGAAGUAUUAGCUUCCGGAAAGUAUACAGAGAACUUAUCAAUCUUCAGCAUUCAAGCUAUUGUGAUUUCGACAGAGGUAGCACAUAACCUGGGAAAAAGCGAGUCCAACGCCGUCCUCGUCGCCGCUGCUGUGCGAAUAGCCCAGUGUCUCGGUUUACACAAAAUCUCCGAUGCUCCCCAGCCAGGAAUUUUGACUGCCGAGACGUGGUAUGGUCGCGUCGAGAGAGAAGUUGGCAAGAGACUAUGGUGUAUCCUACGGAUACAGGAUCACUUUGCGAUCUAUUUCACUGACUCUUAUGUAAUCCACACCCUCUACUUCUCAACGUCCCUGCCGGCAAACUGUGAUGAUCAUGAUCUUGAAGCUAGGAGUCCUGAUGUACCAACUAUCAGCUCCUACACUCGAAGCCUAGUCCAAAUUGCUGCACUCAUACCCGAACUUCUCGAUUCUCUCGCAGCCGUUAGAGCACAGCCACUCACGGUGCACGAGAAGUAUGAUCUGGUCUUAAAAGCAGACCAGCGCAUGAGACAAUUAGUUGCUACCAUUCCUUCGUUUCUCCUGCAGGAACAGCCACGAGAAGUCUUGGUCGAUCAUCCAUGGUUGGAUGUUGCGAGACACAGCCUGACUGUUACGGCGGCAGAUAAGAUCAUCAUGAUACACCGCCCCUUCCUUGUGCAGUCCUUCAUCUCCCCACAGUACCACUACACACGAUCCACCUGCGUGGCAGCCGCAACGACGCUGCUCCGCGCUCACGAGCAGAUAUAUCUUGCCGACGACAUCUCCAUAUGGACACACUCCGCCUUCUGCGUCACUGCCGCCAUCGUGCUAUCCCUAGAACUGCUCUACCGCCAGCCAUCCGAGGCCGGCCCCGAUGCGAGCACGGCCGAACAGCGCGACACCUACAUGUCACUCAUCCUGCGCACGAAGGAGCACCUGCUGGAGCGAAAGAAUGACGUUGUCGCGGAGCGAGCGGCGAGGCUGAUCGAAGCCUGCCUCGAGAUGGAGAGGGUCAUCAGUGCCGGAGGGACGUCAGACGAGGACAGAUCUCCGCGAGUUGACCAUUUCCACGAGAUCAUAUCCAAGUUUCUUGGUACGCGAAUCUCGGAGAAUGACUGGCUGCUGGCAGAAAACAACACAGGCAUGAUCCAAGAUGGAGAUGACGCCAUUCGCGGACUCACAAACACAGACUUUGACAUAUGGUUUGAUCAAUAUUUUGGAUCGGUAUUGUAA